ACGCGUAAAGUCGCGAGGAUUCGCGUUGAUCCACUCAAGCUGUGAUGAAGUGAAUUUGUUCAAAUUGUCGUUUAGAAGAUGGCUCCACCUCGAAAAAGGGUGACUGGCGAUCGAAAGAAGAAUGUUAAUGAUUCUACAACAAAUAAAUCAACAAAGACGUCAAGUAAAUCUAGUGAGUCAUCAAAUUCUUCAAUAAUCAAGUGGAUUGCUUUUGCAAGCAUCAUCCUAAUCCUGGUAUCACUUGUUGCGAUAUAUUUAUUCGGAAAAAAUCAAGAGGACUCAAAUUUAAAUCAGAACUCAAGGCAAACCUUCAAAACAGAGACAGGAUCACCUGAGAAGACAAAAAAGAAAACCAAAAAAACAAAACCAUCAGAUUCAAAUGAGGCCAUAACCAACAGCUACGAUAAAUCCAUCGUGAAAGAACUUGACAAGGCACAGAGUAUUUUAGACAAGAGUAACAUAGCAGAUGCCUUACAAAAGUUUGAAGCUCUGACAAAGAAAUAUCCCAAGAGUCCAAGAGCUAUGUAUGGAAAGGCACAAUCCUUAGAUAAGUUGUCAGAACUAAGGCAAAGCAAUGAUAUUCUUCAACAAAGCAUAGAGGCUUAUGGAAAAACAGCGGACAUGCUGAACUGCCCCAUGGAACUGAAACACAGAGCAGUGCGACGUCAGGCUGAUAGGCUUAGUUUCCUGGGCAGGUCUAGUCAGGCAGCAAAUGUGUUAAGGAGCCUGUUGAAUGAGUUCCCAGGUGACAUCAAGGUUAUGAAUGAAUUGGGUGUGCAGUAUUUGAUGACAGGAAAGAACAGGGAUGCAGAAAAUAUCUACAAACAGGUGAUAAAUAUGGAUCCAAGAAAUGGCUUUGCCCAGUCACACUUGGGCUUUAUUCUUAAAACUGAUCACUUGCGGUAUAUUGAAGCUAUCCCUCUGCUACGUAAUGGGAUCUCGAGUGGUGAAGCAGGUGCUGAUGAUGGAAGAUUUUAUUUUCAUCUGGGGGAUGCUUUUACUAGAAUUGGAAGACCAGAUGAGGCUUACAAAGUAUAUGAGGAAGCUGCAGGAAAAGGAAUAUUCAUGUCUGCUUUGCAACGUUCUUUGUACAAUGCAGAUACACCACUGACCGCACAACCGUGGUGGACACCAGAAGAAACUGGAUAUGAAAGAGCCAUUAGGAAACUUGAAGCCAACUGGGAGGUCAUCAAAGAUGAAGGAAUAUCAUUGCUAGACCAAAAGUCAGGAGGGUUUAUACCAGAAGAAGAAAAUCUCAGAGAACAAGGAGACUGGAAACAGUUCACUUUAUACCAACGUGGCCGAAAGAACGCCGCAGCUUGUCAAAAGACACCACAGACUUGUGCUAUCAUUGAUACCAUCAAAGAUGCCACCAGCUGUAAGAGAGGACAGAUCAAGUAUUCUGUGAUGCUACCUGGCACCCAUGUCUGGCCCCACACAGGUCCUACAAACUGCAGACUACGCCUUCAUCUUGGACUUGUUAUUCCCAAAAAUGUGGCUAUAAGAGUUGGACGGGAAACAAGAACUUGGGAAGAAGGCAAAGCACUAAUCAUUGACGACUCUUUUGACCAUGAAGUUUGGCACAAUGGUUCAACUUUUCGACUCAUUCUUAUUGUCGACUUUUGGCAUCCAGACUUGACACCUCAACAAAGAGCUUCGUUAUCUCCCAUUUAAGACCAAUUUUUAAACAUUUUUUAAGGUUGGCACAUGAAGAUUUGCUACAGUCUCAAUGAGGAACUGUUUACAAGGGUUUAUGGGGAACAAAGAUGAACACCUUAACCCUGUGACUCCCAUUGGUGACCAAAAAAGAAUUUCUCCUUACUCUAUCAAGACAAAGUCAGGCAGACAAGUGACAGGAGUAAAGAAAAUUAUGUUAGUUGAUCAUAAGUUGAUCUGAUAUCAAAUUCUUCAAAUUCACAUCACAAGAAUUGUAUGGUAAACA